GAGAGCCAGCCCGUACCUUCCUCCGCCGUCCCCCCUCUUUUCUGCCGCUACUCCGGCCGCGGCUGCAGAAUUCCCCUCAUCUCCAUCCAGGACCAGCCGGAGAGAUGAACCACGUCCUGCUGGGCGCGCUGCUCUGCAAGAUGGGCUUCCUUUUCCUCUCGCAAGGACUGCUAGUUCAAGGUGCAGAUUUCAAUCAGCCAGCUGACAAUUACACAGUUUGCCAAGGGGACAACGCAACGCUAAGCUGCUACAUAGACCAACAGGUGACGCGUGUGGCUUGGCUGAACCGUUCCAACAUCUUGUAUGCUGGCAAUGACAAGUGGUCCAUUGACCUGCGGGUGCAGCUACUACAUUACAGCCCCUCGGAGUUCAGCAUCCUGAUCAGCCACGUGGAUGUGUACGAUGAAGGACUCUACACAUGUUCUUUCCAGACCCAGGACAAACCUCACACCUCACAGGUGUACCUCAUCGUACAUGUUCCAGCUCGGAUCGUGAACAUUUCCUCAGCUGUGACGGUGAACGAAGGAAGCAAUGUGAAUUUGUUGUGCCUGGCAGUGGGGAAACCGGAACCGACGGUAAUUUGGCGACAGCUGAAAGAUGGAUUCACCAGUGAAGGAGAAUACCUGGAAAUAUCAGAGAUCAACCGAGAACAAGCUGGGGAAUACGAGUGCGUCACGGCAAACGGUGUUUUGACACCAGACAGCAAACACGUUCUUAUCACAGUCAAUUAUCCUCCAAUCAUCACAGAUGUAAAGGAUUCCCGUCCCUUGAUAGGAAAGACAGCCCUCUUGCGCUGUGAGGCCAUGGCAGUGCCCGCUGCGGACUUUCAGUGGUUCAAAGAUGACAAGCACAGAUUAACUAGUGGCUUGGAUGGACUGCAGAUCCAGAAUGAACGCACACGCUCCAUAUUGCUCUUCACAAAUGUUACUGCUCGACAUUAUGGAAAUUAUACCUGCCUGGCUUCUAACAGUCUGGGCUCCUACAAUGUCAGCUUGCGGCUUAUCAGACCGGGUUCUCUGGACAAUGUAGCGGUGGCCAGCACAAAACCUCCUGUCCUCUUGGGCCUGCUGUCGUCUGUUUUUGUGACUCUGUUAUUUAAGAUUUAGGGCACCUGGGAAACGAUGCAGAACAAGGCAACGGAAACAGGUGAAAAGGGAAAGAAUCCAAGAGAGGGGGAGAAAGAGAGACGAAGACACCUCUACUUUCUGGAAGAAAAAAAAAAUGAAGAAAGAAAGAGGGAGAGAGAGAGAGAGAGAGAGAGAAAUGAAAUUUUAUCCAGAACCCAUCACUGUGAGGGAUAGAAGAAAACAAACAAAAGGACAACAAAAAAAUAUGCAUUUGUUUCUACCGCCAUUUCUCUUCACACUUCAUCUCAGACACUUCCGGUUGAACUACUUGUGGUUUAACACAACUGCAAAGACACAGGGCUCUAACAGUGGAUGGCAACGCAUCAGUCCCCCUUCCCCUCAACCUCUGAGGUUUAAUAGAGAGAUCUCCUCCUCUUCCUUGGACCAGUUGGCCUUCUGAAUGCACGGAACCUGGAAUGUUGAUUCCACAAAGAAGGUUUUUUUUUAAAAAAAAAAAUUGUUAUCGCUAUUAUGAUGAUUAUUAAUUUCCUUUGGGGUUUUUCUUUUCUUUUUUUUUUUUUUUGCUCCUUUUUUUCUGGUGGAAAUGUCUCGCCAGGAGGCUACAUUUGAGAGCUUCCUUUUUGUUACUUGCUAGGUUGAGAAUCUUGACAUUCAGUUAACCAGGUUAUUUCAGGGGGUGUGGGCCAGUUGAGCAGCCAAGGAUCAAGCAGAGACUCCAUCGUCUUGGUAGGUCUCGUAGCCUGGGCUUCGAAGCUGUCCUUGUCGGUGUCCUCACGAGAAAUAUUGGCAUCAGUUCAACUCACCGCGUGAAAGUGGUCCAACGUACUGCCCUUGGGGCCCCGUCUCAGCGACCCACAAGAUCCUCUUUGCUGCCAUCCCAGCAUCUUUGGAAGAAGGAUGAAAGACAUCUGAAUUUUUCAGGCAUGGCAUUUAAGCUAUCGGGGUAAGAGGUAACUGUUCUGUUGUCUAGAGACAAAGACUAGAAAAAUAGGAACGUGCGGUCUGGCUCUUUGAUCAUCCUGGAAAUUUCCUUGCUUUUUACCUUUGGGGUGGGGUAUAUUAUUCGCUGGAAAACCGUGGCUUGGGACAUCUGCCAGCUCUUUGAUUCACUUCUGUUGUCCUUUCUUUUCUUUUGCACUUUUCACAAAACCUUUUCCCUCCUCCCGACAAGUCAUGUCACCCCUUCACACAACUGGCUGACUUAACAGCUUCUCUCUCGGUGAUAGGUUUCUUAACGAAAGGACCCUGGCCUGAAUUUUUUUUCUUUUUUUCUAUCUCUGUUCUGAUUUUUUUAAAUUUUAUUUUCGUUUCGAGAAAUACUCUGACCUUCUUCUUCUUAAGGAUUGCACUUUGGAGUAUGGGAUCACAGGUGUGCUUAUUCAGUACUUCUGCAUUUGGAAACAACUCAGUGUGUGCGGUAGAGUGUAGAAAUUGGUAUCUAGAGAUAGCAUGCAAAAAUGUAAGCGCUCAUCGUCCUUCCAGUUGCAAAGAUAAAGAUAAAGAGUAUGUCAACAAAUCUGCUAAUGUAACAAGCUCAAAAUUCUUUCUUAUCAUGGUUUGUUACUUAUACAUAUCAUGGUAGGUUUAUAAAGUUGCACCAUUAGGGUUGAUAAUAGGGUGUAUUCACACCCUCUGUUUAACCAUGUUACUGAAUUCACACAUUUUCUGAUAUUGCACAAUAUAUUAAGCCCUAAACACAUCCAAAUGGCCUGGUUUCAGACUUAAAAGAAUUACAGUAGCCAGGAUUGAAACUUGUCAAGUGUAGCAUGCUGUGUGAAUGCAGGCAUUACGUCCAUAUCAUAUUUGGUUAAACAUGUUGUGUGAAUGCAGCAUGUUGCCUUCCCCAAGAGAAAACAGUUGGAAGUGGAAAAUAUUUGUGUGUAGCAAAUGCGCUUAUCCUGCUUUUGCGUCUGGAUAUAGUUUGACAGUUUUCUAUCUUUGUUGUUGUUAAUUGCGAAGUCAUGUCCGACCCAUCGCGACCCCAUGGACAACGUUCCUCCAGGUC